AUAUAUCAUAGAGCACUCAAUCAGAAGUCGGUCAAUCAUUUACACAUUUAUUGCACUUGUCAUGUUCGUUCCUUGACAGCGAUGGAAGGCGAAUACCUCCCUCCGCGCCUGUCUAUCUACCGAGAUGGACAGACAUGUAGCAGACUCAGAUGCACAUGCCUAUCUUUCUCCUUCCUUUCCUCGUCUCCUUACUCGGUAAGGAUCCUAGUAAGAAGAAGCCACAACGCAUGGAAAAACAGGUUAAUAGCGACCGUCAUUGGAUUCUCUACAUUGCAACGUCCUCUAGUUUCCAAUAUAUUCUACAUGACACAUCAGAAAUCAGGAAUGCUAAAGUACUCUGCCAACACACAGUCAAACACUGUAAACCAGAAAAAGAAAAGAAAAGAAGAAGAAAACACGACACAUCUCACCCGACGAAGGUACCAGCUAAUAACUAACUAUGUACCAUCCAAGUCUUCAUUCUACACAACAAGUGGCGGUUGCCGCAUGGGAAAAUGCAAUGGUUAUACAAUGGAAUCUAGUACAAUCUAUCUCUUCUACAGCUUCACAAAUAUUACUACUACUACUACUACUACUACUACUACUACUACUACUACUACUACUACUACUACUACUACAUGUAUAUAA